GUCUGGCUCUCUUCGUCCUGUUGCUCCGUGUGAUUGAUUGGAGGAGUUCACAGAGGCUCGCACCCCCAUCGCGUUUUCCCAGCAGCUCGCCCGCGCCACGUGAUUGGUCCGCCUCCCGCGGCCGCGGCGCACCGACAAGCGCCUCCUCUCAUAAACGGAGUCGGACCGCACCGACGGUUCCCCCCAGUACUUCCAGGAGAAGCGGCGACUACCCACCACUCACGACCCGGGAGAGCGACCUGUAUGGCACACAACUAGCAGGGUGGACUACUCCCUGACCAUUUUUUUAUUAACCCCUACGGUGUAUGGAAAGUGCUCCUGGAUGGACCUGGGCGAACACAGCUGGUCCAUGGUCAAGCGAGAAGUAUCCAGCAGCCCAGGGUCGCCGGCUGAGCAGACCUACCUGUCCGGGGACAGCAGGAGGGACGGCCCCUCCUCGGAGGAGCUGAGGACACCUCCGAGCGAGCUCGACGCGCUGGGGCACCGUCGCUCCGACGGCCGGUCGCUACACUCCUACCUUCACUUCGGACACCAUAACAACACCCUGACCGCCGCCGAGGACAUCCCGCUGUUUACGGAUUUAGACCAGGGCAGCAAACUCGUCCUCUCCAGCGGCGCGCACAAGGCGAGCCUGCUGGUGGACUCGGCCGACAUGUACCAAACACUGGCCAUCGCCGCGGCCCAAAGCCAAACUGGAUAUGAUUCCUCCUCCGGCGGUUACAUGCACUCCAACCCCAACUCCCCCGUGUACGUGCCCAGCUCCCGGGUGGGCCCCAUGAUACCCAGCCUGUCGUACCUGCAGGCCAGCGGCUCCGCGCAGCCCAGCCACGCCGUGUCCAGCCACUCGGUGUGGUCGCAGUCCGCCCCGGAGAGCCCCUCCUACAGCACCGGGAGCCCGCACACCUCCAGCCGGUUUCACUAUCCUCCAAGUCCGCCCAUGAAUAACGGAACACCGAGAGACGCCGGUUACAGCAACACGCUGAAUAUGAGCAACAGGGACCAGUACGGCCUCUCUCGGUCCCUCGGUGGGACCUACCCGAGUCCAUACUCCCCCUACGUCGCACCGCAGCUCUCCCAGCUGCCCUCGCCCUGGACCGGGGGGCCGUUCGACAACACGAUGCUCCACACCUUGCAGAGCAGAGGCGCGCCCCUGAUCCGAGGACCAAACGGAGUUUCAGAUAUUCUCGACGACAUGGGCGAGAGCAGGGAGUGCGUCAACUGCGGCUCCAUCUCCACGCCGCUGUGGAGGCGCGACGGCACGGGCCACUUUCUCUGCAACGCCUGCGGCCUGUACAGCAAGAUGAACGGGCUGAGCAGGCCAUUAAUUAAACCACAGAAACGGACGUCGACGUCCAGAAGAAUCGGCCUGUCCUGCGCGAACUGUCAAACCAGCACGACGACGCUGUGGCGCAGGAACGCCGAGGGGGAGCCGGUGUGCAACGCGUGCGGGCUCUACACCAAACUACACGGGGUACCUCGGCCGCUCGCCAUGAAGAAAGAGGGAAUUCAGACGAGAAAGAGAAAACCGAAGACACUGAAUAAAACGAAGGGAUCCUCCGGAAAUAACAACUCUAUCUCUAUGACUCCUACGUCCACCUCUUCAUCCAACUCCGAAGACUGUUCAAAAACCAGCUCUCCCUCUGGACAGGUGUCAGGGGUCAGUUCCUCCGUGCUGUCCAGCUCAGGGGAGGGAACAGUUUCGGGCUCAGCCAUGAAGUACCCGGCACAGGACGGCCUGUACACCAGCGUGGGCCUGACCCAGCCAUCAGACGUGGCUUCAGUGCGCGGUGAACCCUGGUGCAUGGCUUUGGCUUGAACAUCUAAAUCUUUUCUUUGGGAGGACAGCAAUCCCUGGCCCCUUCUGCCUGGAUGCUAUUUUGUGGAAGUAUUCGGGGGGUGGGGGGCAUUGUUUGUUUCCUUCAGAGUCGGACGGUGGGGGGAAAGACGCGUGAGGCCACUUUAUGCUGCGGGCUUGGACGGAGAUUGGAGUAUCUGGGAUUUGUUUUCCAGAUAGGUGUGGGGGCUCUUGUUGCCAUACAAAAAGAAAAAGAAGAAGAACACAGGGAAGCGCCCGGCUAUAGAUGAUCAACCAGGUGGCCUGCUGUGGAUGGAUCCGCUUCUGGACCUGCCGUGCGCUCGACAUCUCACCCGUCCAUGGCACAGAACCAGAUCUGGGUUCUCGAAAGAAAACAAGCCAUCGUGUACAUAACGGAUUUCCUCUCUGAAGAAAAAAAAAAAGCUGUUGAUUGGGAUACCAGCGCUUCGUAAAGCGCCGUGUACUCUUUAAGUACAUUUUUAGAUUUUCCUUCUCUUGCCACAACUGGAAUCAUGCCACAAGUGCCAAGACAACUUUUAUGAAUCAAAAAAAAAAAAAGAGAAAAUAUUUAUAAAUCUUCCAAUGUUGAAAACAUGGCUAUGAUUGUUAAUAAAAAAUAUCAUUAUAGAGUAGAAGCUAAACCUUUCUGAUGUCUUCUUUUCCAUUUUAUUUUUUUUCUUGAUAAGUGGUUGCUAGUAGAACAGUAGUGUUGAAUCUGCACAUGUGUUUCCACUGAAAGCUCUUACUGUAUUUGACUGAAACUCGUUUGGUUUAAACAGGGUAUAAAUGACUAUGUCAUCCGGUGUGUUUGUUUAAUUCAUUGCAAAUGUCAACUCCUGCAGAAGUAAUUUUUUUGAUACUGAAACAUGUGCUGGCUGUUGGCUGUAUAGCAUGAAGGUACUUUCUUUCCAAGCAGAGCUUCAAUACCUGUGUUUCGUCUGCAGCGGUCGUAUGCUGGUUGGAACAAAGCACACCCAGAGUAGCUGUGAGCCGGCUGACAUUUUAUGUUACAAGACAUAAACUGCAAAAGGAGACUUUUCGGGGGCUGCGCAAACAAUAAUUCAUUAUAAACCGUGUGACUUUCACAAUGCAAGUGUUGCAUCGUAUUUUUUUUUUAAUAUAUAUAUAUAUAUACCAAAAUUAGAGCAAUGUGGAGGGGUGAGGUCACCUCUGAACAAAUUCAUGUUGCUUGGAUGACUUUGACUAACCCCUGUAAGGACUAAAAGGAAUGUAAAAACGGCCCAGUGGUAGUUUAACAUGGUGCAAAUGUGGACAAUGAGAAAAAAAAUAAAUAAAGAAGCAAAAUGGAUUAUAGUACAAUUUAUUAUUUUCUUCAAAAAUGCCCCCCCCCCACACACACCCCCCAUGUAAUUAAAAACAAUGGAAUUCACAUCAUAAUGGGUGGAAUGCAUAGCCACAAUUUAAGAGGUGUGUUUGAUUCUUCACACUUUAUGUCAUGUCACGUCCGCGGGGAGAUUCAAAUCUGAAAGUCAGAAACUUGGCACAAAGACGGUUAUUUGUUAUUCUCAUUUUCAGUGUAACUCUUUUUCCAAACCUGCUUUGUUCAAAAAGGGGCCUGUCAUUCACUCUGAUGGACUUUAUUUAUUUUUUUGAAAUAUCUUGUUUAUUCUCGCAUCUUUUUUUUUUUCUUUUUCUUUUUAUGUUGUUGUUGUUGUUUUUUUCUGGAACAUUAUGAGAAAUUAUUUUUAUUUAAAUUCAGUCCAAUAAAUUGUGCCGGUGAUGCAAACAAAUUUUAAAAGCUAUCCUUUGUGUUAAAGAAAGUCUGACAGUGUGGGAAGAACAAUAUGCUUACAUAAUGCUAAUAUUACUCAGGUAUACUUCUGUGUGAGGCAAACGCAGCUAUGCUUUAACAUCCCGUGUCUCUCAGGCUGAGGAAACAACGAUUUGCCUCUGACUGUUCAAUGCUAGGAGAGUAAAAAAGAAAAAAAUAAAUCAAGAUAAUUUCCUGGAAACGCUGCAAUGAAAAAAGAAAACUCAUUCAUUAAUCUUCAGAAAGACACAUAUCCAGCCUAAAUGUUUUUUUUAAAAGAUGACAUCGUGAAUCAAACAUUUCCAGCUUCUUCUUGCUGGUUUGCCUCCACACUCUGCUAAUGUUUCAUUAAAGCAAACCUUUAUUCUUC